CCGAAGUGUCCAACGCGAGACGAAAUGAGUAAACAAGAUGGCCGCUUUAGUGAGGGCCUUGAUGACGAGAAGCACUCAAUUUCGUCCGCUUUUUAAAUUGUUUUCAACAAGCACGUAUUGUAGAGCAGCACCAAAUUUGCGAAAGGAAUCGUACGAAGUAAAUCACGAAUCGAUUUUUACGGAAGAUCAUGCAGAACUCCGAAAAUCUCUCAACAAAUUAAUCGAGAAAGAAAUAAACCCCUACGUUGACGAAUGGGAAAAUUUGAAGAAGUUUCCCGCUCAUGAAGUUUUCAAAAAGCUGGGAUCUGCUGGAUUCUUUGGAGUGAAUAAGCCCACUAAGUAUGGUGGAUUAGGAUUGGACUAUUCUUUUAGUGUGGCAAUGGCUGAAGAGUUAGGAAGCAUCAAAUGUGGAGCUGUUCCCAUGGCCAUUGGAGUUCAAGCAGACAUGGCAACUCCAGCCCUUAUCAGGUUUGGUAGUGAAGAGCUUAAGCAAGAGUUUUUAGUUCCAACUAUUGCUGGUGAUGUUGUGGCCUGUCUUGGAGUGAGUGAACCUGGGGCUGGAUCAGAUGUUGCAAGUAUUAAAACUACAGCUGUUAAAAAAGGAGAUGACUAUAUCAUAAAUGGAAGCAAGUUAUGGAUUACGAAUGGUCUUCAGGCAGAUUGGAUUUGUCUUUUAGUGAAUACUAGUGAAGGUCCACCACACAAAAACAAGUCUUUGAUCUGUGUUCCUCUCAAUCUUCCUGGAGUCCAAAAGGCAAGGAAUAUUAACAAACUUGGAAUGCAUUCAUCAGACACUGCAGAGCUGUUCUUUGAGGACGUGAAAGUACCACAGUCAUACCUGAUUGGUCAGGAAGGAAUGGGGUUUCCAUACCAGAUGUUUCAGUUUGUUGAAGAAAGAGUUUUUGCUGGGGCUUCAGUACUGUUGUCUAUGGAGAGACUUAUUUCUCAAACUGCCAGCUACUGUAAGGAAAGGAAGGCAUUUGGAAAGUCUAUUCUAGACAAUCAGUAUGUUCACUUCCGCCUUGCUGAGCUUCAAACUGAAGUUGAACUGCUCAGGUCACUUGUAUAUAGAACUACAGAUCUGUACAUGAAAGGAAAAGAUGUCAACAAGCUAGCCUCGAUGCUCAAACUCAAAGCUGGUCGCCUUGCACGAGAGGUACCUGAUUCCUGCCUGCAGUUCUGGGGAGGAAUGGGUUUUACAUCAGAAGUAGAAGUCAGCCGUGCGUAUAGAGAUAACCGUCUUUUGUCAAUUGGUGGAGGAGCAGAUGAAGUGAUGCUGUCAAUCAUUUGCAAAUAUAUGGGAACAUUUCCUCAGGACCAGCAAUUAUUUUAAGUUAUUUCUGGAUAGUUUAAAAACUUUCUCAUAUUGAAGCAGGGAUAUUGAGUCUAGCAUGACUGCUUAUCACAAAGAUCAUGCCAUUGUGACAUUUGAUUUUAUGUAGUUAAGAAAACUGUGUAUCUGUGGCUUCCAAACACUGUAAAUAACACCCACCACUGUCAGUGAGAAGUAAAAAAGUUGUCAGCUUAUCUCAGUAUUUUAGCCCCAUUUUAACAUAAAGUUACAGUGCCUUUGGACCAUAACAUUUCAUUUAUUUCAGUUAUCCUGGUGAUCUUUUUCCUUACAGUUGACUUGAAGGCAGUGGCUUCCCAUAAAGCUAUCAAAAGUUACACUGUGCAUCUAAUAUAAAUGUGAAAAUUAUAUUUGGUGGUUAACAGCCACCAGCACAAUUUCUUUCCUUCUCUCAAACCAGUUUAAACAUAUUUCAUGCAACAGAUUAUUCAAAAUUGUUUAGUUAAUGCUGUGAUAGCUUUCAAUCUUCUGUUAAGGCAUUAUAUAUGAUUAGCUGAAUUAUAAAUGCAUUUUGAUUGGUUCUGACUUGUGAUCUGUUGAAGGGUAGACACAUUGAUUGUGACCUUUAAGGGUCACAGGGGAAGCCAAUAGCUUUAGGAGCCAACUUGAACGCACCAGCCAAAAUUAUCACAACUGCUAGCACUGCUUUAUCGCUAUUAGUAUAAUAUUGGCAUCCUCUGUGACCCUUGAAGGUCAUAUUGCUGAUGUCACCGUUAACAAGAUUUCGUAUUUUGUCAUAUGAAACAAAUAACUUUCAUGUUUCUGUGGGCCUGUUCAUUGAUAGAGGACAGAAGACAUCAAAACAUGGUAAGGACAAGAGUGAUGAACUUUGUGUUGCCAUGAUGUGCCCUUUUUUAGUUCUUGCUAAUUUUUGAUGUCAUCUGUGAUCUAUUACUGAACAGAUACACAGCAACGUGGAAUCUAAUUGGUAAACAGAAAUAAGUCAGAAGCUCUGAGCUGGAAUCAUGCUUAAUGUGAGAGUUGGCAGAUGUAAUUCUGAACUCCUAUUAGGUUGCCACCAGGUUGUAUUCUGAUUUUAUGAUUUGAAGAAUGGCCAAUAGAGUCUUUGGUAUUUGUUAAGUUGCUAUAAAAUUAUUUCACACAAAAUCAUUAUAUUCAUUUUUUAGAGGGCAGUGUUUAAAGAAGUACUUAAAUUAUUUUUAAGAAUGGUUAAAUCUUCCUUUGUUUAGAAUUUGUGUGAAUCCUGUAGAAAGUUGUACUUAUUAGAGUUGUGGGGCAUAGGUUUAUGAUAUCAUGUGUUUUAAUUGUGUCUGUUUUCAGUAAUCAAUUGACAUAAACCAGAAAGAAAUUGACACAAAACAAAUGAAACCAAAAAAAAAAAAUGAACUUCACUGUAUUGGAAGAAAUUCAGAGGAAGAAGCCUGGAGAAGCUUAGGCCUGAACCCAUGCUCCCCAUGACUGGGUACUACUUUCAACAAAAUGACAUAUAGUCACUGGCUGAGAGAAGGGAAAUUUCUCCAAUUAUUACCGAGAGGUCAAAAUAUAAUUUCCCUCUUUUAUUUUAGACACAGUCGCACCCAAAAUGGUACACAAUUCACAAAGAGCUGCUUCUAGGAGACUCUGCACUGAGUUAUGUUGCAAAACCUCAAUUAUUGGGAAUGGCUGUAGAUCUCAACCUCACUUGGAUACCGCAUGUAUUCGACCUUAAGAAAAACUUCGCAAACAAAUUAGAAUUAUUAAAACGUUCUACAUUUUUACCAAAAGAUGUUUUGAGGAAUUUCUACUUUAGUGUUAUUUUACCAUCAAUAAAUUAUGACCUAGUUUUAUGGGGAUCGUGUUGUAAUUCAGAGUUAAUUAAUUCAAUUGAUAGAUUGCACUGUAGGGCCGCCAGGAUUAUUUUAAAUUUAUCUAAAGACAUGGCAUCCAGCAAAGAAAUGAAAACCGUGAAUUGGUCAACAAUUAGAUUAAGUUACAAACUGGAAAUAUUCAAAUUAAUGUACAAUGCAUACAAAAAUAUAUUACCUGACAGUUUAUGUGGAAAUAUUUUCAGUAAACGAGAUAACUAUUACUUACGGAGAGGGUAUGAGGUAGCAGCUAUCCGCAGACAGAAAAGCAGAUUUAUGAAAGACUCAUUAGCCUAUCAAGGGCCUAUAUUAUGGAAUCUGGUAAACUUCAAUGAAAAAAUAACUAAUGUAAGCUUCAAGGAAUUAAAGAAAUGGCUUACUACCAGGGAUUACUUCAAAGAUUUUAUCUUUGACGGCACAGCAAUCUCCACAUCGAGACACAGAGUCAGCAACUAUGUGUACUUUUAAGUUUUUCUUUUAGUUUUUAUGAAAUAUUUACGUGUAUAUAUUUUGUGAUGUAGUUAGUAUACAUGACCCCACAAGCUUGUGAGCUUUAAAUCUUAUCAUGUGUAAAUAAAAUUUUUUAUGUUUUUA